AUGGUAACCGCUGAACAAUUAAAAAGAUUAAACGAUAGCAAUAAAAAGACAAAUGAAUUAAAAUCAAUUACAAAGUCAAAAACAAUUGAACCAUAUUCAAUUGAAUGGUUAAUUCAAGAAGAGCAACAACAUUGUGAAUCAAAUAAUAAUGACUUUAAUAUUACAGAAAUUGGAUUAAGAAAUGAAAGAUUAGAAUUAUUAUUUCCAAUGGUUUAUCCUAAUGAAAAUGAGGAUGACACAAGUGAUUCUAAUGUAAAGAAUUAUACUACUAGAAAUCACAAAAUUGAUAAUGAUAAUUUUAAUGAUACUUCCUCAAUUGAUUUUCCAACAACAAGAUUAAAACCACAUGAAAUAACAAAUGAUUUAGAAAUUGAAUUAUUAGAAAGUUCAAUGUUUAAUAAACCAUUUGAAAGAUCAAAACAACAAUUAGAAAUAGAUUCUUUUUCAUUAGGUAAUAUAAGUUCAGAUUUUAGUAGGAGUAAAUCAAGUAAAGAAGGAAAUAAAUUAAAUUCAAUAACUGGUGAAGAAAGUAUAAGAUCAUCUGGUCAUUCAGUUUAUGUUAGUAAUAAUCUUAGUAAUCCAUCACAUAGAAUAUUACAAUUAUCACCUGAAAAAAAUAGACAACCUAAUGUUUUUAAAGAUGACAAUUCAAUAAAUCACGUACAUUCAAAUAUUAAUAAUGAAUUUAAUAAUGAUUCAAAUCCAAAUAGUUAUGAUGAAUAUUUAAGACCAAAACCAUUAAAGAGAUUCAGAUCUGUAUCUCUGUGUGAUCUAGUGUUUCCAAAUCUCAAUCUCAAAAGACAAGCAAGAUGA